CUUUACCCCUUCUUUUGGUAAUCAAUUUAUGAAAUAAAAAUCUAUUGCGAUAUUGCGAUCAUUGGUGGAUUGUGGAACAUUUAUCGUGAAAUUCGUAGCUACAAUUUGUUUAUCGUGUAACUAUUAAGUUUUUGUGAAAGUUCUUCAGUGAAAACAUAUGACAAAAUUAUUUCCAUGUCAUGUUCCGUAUUGAAUGAUCAAGAUGUGGGACUUGCCGUACUUGACUUGUUUGGUUUUGUAUAUAUUUUCGUUUCAAAUUAUUGUCACGAAUUCUCGUACAUCUAACGUAUGGAAAUUAAACGUCGAAGAGGAUAAGAUCGUCGACGGUACGACAUUGUCUCAGGAUGAAACUGAAAAGCCCAGAAUGAACCAGGAAGACCAUGUGUUCAACAUAAUAACUUCGACAGUUUAUUAUGGUAACACAUGGACCAAGCAUGGUUUUGAUAUGUUCUGUACAGACUGUCAGAUAUAUGAACAACAGAGAGCCGGUGGGGAAAAUGGUGAUGAAACAUCACCAUCAGAGGUGAACGGUCAUGUUGAAGAUGAGUACUUAGAUUGUGGUAAAGCUGUCAAUUUCACAUACUAUGACAACUUGGUCGGAGUCGCCAGACGUCAUAGACACCCCAAUGUGCCUGAACCACAGGUGGCCCUUAUAUUUACUAAGAAGAAGAACGGCGUGACAGAGUUCGACAUAAAUACAUUAGAGAAAAGAUUAAAGAAAGCGAAACGAGAGAAGCCGAAGUCUGUCCAACUGUACAACCAGAUAGGAAACUUCUGGAGGAUCAAGGGUGACACGCGACAAUCGAUCGAAUGCUUUCGACGCGCGCUCGCCGUCUCGCCUUAUAAUGCUGAAGUUCUAUUGAACUUGGCGCGGGUGUUGUUCACGCUGCAAUAUUUGGACGACGCGAUCUACCUCACGCGGCGCUCCCUCGAGGUGCAGCCGCCGGACCGCAGCGCGUGGCAACAGUACUUCACACUCGGCGAGAUAUUCAAAGCUUAUGGACAUUAUCAGGAAGCGGCGGUGCACCUGAGGCAUGCUCUAGACUUGAAGCCGGACUUCGAGCCGGCGCUCGCCGCUCUCAAAGACAUAGAGAACAUACCGGAAGCUUCCGUUCACGUGUACACACUCCUUAUCAUUGUUUGUUUGGUGAUGGGAGUGCUGCUGGUGAUCCUGUCGUCGGUGGACAGCGGCGGCGAGAUCGAGGAGCACAAGACGCAGCGGCACUUCAACCGCGCCAUGGCGAUGCGCUCCCUGCGCGGCGUCGCGCUCCCCGGCACGCGCACGCGCAAGAAAGGAGGCGGCACGUAAACUCACAACCCCCUACGCAACAAUACCCUCGAGUUUCUGUUCUAUAUUUCAAACAGUAAAAACAAAAAUUCAAUACUCAAGUCUUGUGUCGUGGCGUCAGUAUCGGAUUCAGCGUCCCGCAACGUUCAGAUCUCGAAUAAAUGUUUGCGGACACAGACAUUUUCGGUGCGGGAAUCGAAACGGGUUCCCGUUUCUCAGCCUACUGCCCGUUGCAUCAUGAAGGCUGCAUAUAUUAAAACUGGGUGUAGGUUAUGACAAUGAACCGACCGCAGCAGCAAUAUUAUAAUGUCAUAGUCACCCGCGAACAAACGACACACGGUGACACACUUCACCUCGUACAUCUAAAGAUACAGUCGACGAUUUGCAGCUGCGGUCGAGUACGGAAGCGUACUUUAACGCCUAGACGCCCAACCUGUUUUAAAACACCAAAUACAACCGCCAAUAAACGUUCAAUAGCAACAUCGCUAUUGUAGCUAUAUUUGACCUUUUUAUGCCUAAAACAUUAUCAUAAUAUUGAGAUAUUAAAUAGUUAAAUUGCCCCAGUGCUAUUGAACGUUUAUUAUAAGGUAAAAUAUACCAGUACAAUUUCAGUUCCUAGUAAGAAAUCACAUUUUUUUAUAUAUGGGUUGUUGAAAUAGUACACCGAUUUUUGCCCAUUCAUAGCUUUAAUAUUAUACCACCAUUUGAACGCUUUUAAUUGAAACUUGGUUUAUAUCAUGAUUGCUUUAUUUUAAAAAAUACAGAUCAUAAACUCGGGUUGGAACGAUAAAAACGGACUAUAGAAGCAUAAAUUAUGAAGUGAUGUAAAUUGGCUACGAUAAUUUACAAGAGCAGUGUUGAUAAAAGUGGGCAAAUGUUUUAAUUUAUAGUACUGUUCUGUUAAUUCAUUUUAUUUACCGAUAACAUUGUGUCAGUCGAUGCAAUAAGAAAAAUGAUAAUGUUGGUAACCUUCUGAAAAAAGUGUUGCCAAUCACAAGUAUUGUACAAUUUAUUAGAGAUUGACUUGAUGGCAGUAUUGACUUUUGUAUUACGUUAAAAAUUAAUUAGAGAUGCUACGACAAGUAAUGGCUGGUUGUUUAGGCUCCCAAAUAUAACAGAACAGUGCUAUGAAUUGGAGGCUAAUGUACAAAUAUUGUUGCGUAAAUGGGACCGAGCUGGUCCAGACAUGUCUCCUUCGAUCUCCGCUUGUAGUCCUCAACUCAUGGUAGUUGUAACGGAUGUGUCUCCUUAGCAGUUUGGAAAUAUAUUUAAAAAAGUGGCUUUUCAAUAUAUUUACAUUUUAUAAAAAUAUAAUCUACAAUAAAAUCCGCUCCGUUCUCGUUAAUAUAUUUGUAUUUUAAGGUAAGAUCGAUCUUAUUUUUAACAGAAACUGCUUUUGGUAAGCAAUAAUAGUUAAUAUUUAUAGCUAGUUUAUAAUCGAAUAUGAACAUGCUCGAAUUUGUUAUAGUUCUGUGUCGAAACGGAGGCUAAUAGAGACAGUGUAGUGGAUAUUAUGUACUGCCCGGUGAACAAAGCAGCUAAACGAAAAGGAAUAACGAUCCGCGAACUGUGCGGUGGAGUCGGUUGUGCGAGCCAUCCUUGCAAUGAAAGUAUCACUUGCAACCUAGUCAUUCACUUAGACAAGUUGGCCCGAGCCGCGGCCGGGCCCGUGUGUGUAUAUCCUUUAGUAGUGCAUGCAAAACUUGUUAAGUGUUCGUAGCGUCUAAGGAUUUAAUGAAGAGAGCGAGUCUUGAAUUCUGAGAUUGGUAAAAUUGUACCUGUUUUCAGUGGUUCUUUUGUUAAUUUUUGACUAUUUAUAAAUACAUAAUUGUCUUAGCAUC